AUGCUGAAAAUUAUAAUCAUUUUAUUACUGUCAAUAAAAAAAGCAAUAUUUGAACUUAAUUUGACUAAUAACAUAAACACAGGACUUAUAGCUAAUGGUGAACAAUAUGAUCCUAUCAAAUUCCCAUACGUAGUAGCUAUAAAAAUAUUUUCUGAAAACAGGCAGAAAAAUUCAAUUUGUACCGGCUCGUUGAUAAAAAAGUUAUAUGUAUUGACCGCUGCUCACUGUGUUCAUGGUUCAGACAAAAGUCUUAUAGAAGUAUAUCAAGGAUCAACUAAUAAUAAUGACCAUUUUCGAAAGGUUGUCAAGCUUUACAUUCACAAAGAUUAUAACCCAGAAUCCGAUGUUAUAAAAGGAGACCUCAGUGUGUUUAAACUAGAAAGCGCAUUCCCGGGUGUCAAGAAAUAUAUAGAAAUUGGUGGCAAGCCUAAAGACUUUGCCAAUCACAAAGCAUUGAAAUGUAUAAGUAUUGGAUUUGGUAUAAUAGAUAAAACUGGUGAAAUGGGCAGUGCAGGAUUUAUGAUAACUACUGAUGUUAGACAUGGGGAAACUGAAUGUAAAGGAUACCAAAGUGUUCAAAUAAAAGACACGUGGCCACAAUAUUUGUGUUCAGAACCGACGUUACCGGGUCGCACGAAAAUGACAUGUCCGGGAGACAGCGGUGGUCCAAUGAUUUGCAACAACAAGCUCUAUGGAGUAUGCAGUUUUUAUAUAAACUUCGAAGCAGGAAAAAAUGAAUGUGGUGUGCCUAACAUGCAGACUAUACACUCGUUCAUAAACUAUCAUUUAAAAUGGGUAAAUAAUAUAAUAAAUAAAGAUGAUAAAAAAAAAGAUGAUAAAAAAGAUGAUAAAAAAGACGAUAAAAAAGGCGAUGAUAAAAAAGAAGAUGAUAAAGAAGAAGAUGAUAAAGAAGAUGAUAAAAAAGAAGGGGACAAAAAAAAGAAAAAAAAGAAGAAAAAGAAGAAAAGUUCUGGGAAUUCGAUUAAACCAUACUAUAAAUUCCACAGAAUUGUAACAAUAUUAUUGUAUUGUGUGUUGAUAUUUAUUUGAAAUUGCGCAAAAGUACAAUCUUGUGUAUUAUAUCAAUAUCAUAUCAGUCAUCGUACCCAUUCAUAUUAUUAUUAAUUAAAUCCAUCUUACAAAAGUAAAUUUUACAUUUAACAUUUUACUCUUAUUUUGAUUUAAUCUUAAUAUUGUGUCUAACAUUUUAAUAUAUUUAUUUAUUUUAUGAUUCACCAAUCAUUAAUAUUUCCUCAAAUUAUAUCAAAAUGUAUUAUUGGGUGGAAAUGGAACAUUUUCGCACAAUCAAUAAACAAUAUCUAUAAGUUAUAACA